CCCCUUUUCUCAUUUCUACUCGGCUGCGCUCUGCUCUCCUCGCGUUGUUCCCUAAUCCAAUUGCGAAUUGCGAAAAGCAAAGGAGGCAAAGAUGGACCCAAACACCGACCCUCCCCUCCCACCACCCCCGCGUCGCAUCCACCACCGCGCCUCCCCAACCCGCCGCACCACCACAACCACCAGCAGCAGCAGCGCCCGCGAUCCCAACCAUCACCACCACCAGUACAACCGCCUCACCGCCGUCUCGCAUUCGCGCUACCACGACGACCGCUCCAGCCAACCCUCCAGUGACCCCGCGUUCUUCUCCAGCGAUGAUAUUCCCGGCUCCGGCGGGUUGGAGAAUUAUACGGUCGGAACAGUGACGACAUCAUUAGUGGCAGCGGUGGCGGAUCGGAAUCAUGUGCCUGCGGCGGGAUUGGUUGGGGGCAGUCGAAAGCGUCGGUAUCGUGGGACGUGGUGGGGGGAGAAGAUGUCUACUUCGUCUUCGUCGUUGCUCGGGCGUCAGCAGGAGCAACAAUCGCCGGAAAAGGGAGGGGAAGGAGGAGGAGGGCAUAAGCGCAAUAAGCGGGUGGAUUUCAAGGAGAAGAGGUUGGUGGAUAGUGGGGUUUGGAUGGGGAGUGAUGACUCCGGCUUUUUGGCGUCCGAUGCGUCGUGGGGUGAGGAGGUUUGGGGACAGAUUUCUGGUGGUGGUUGUGGUAAUGAGAGUGGGUUGUUGAAUUCAGCGGUGGGGGUGCAGGAGGGGAGAGGGGAUGAGGCGUUACUGCUGCAGGAGAGUCAGGAGCAGGGAGAUCGGUGGGAGAAUGAGCAGCGCGAGCAGCAGCGGACGCAGGAGAUGGAGCAGGAGCAGGAGCGGUUGCAUUGGAGGCAGUCUCUGAAUGCUCCGUUUCAGAGUCAACGGGGGAUGGGGGUGGGUUCUGGCAUGGGGAUUGGCGGGAUGAGGCCUAGGGUCGAAGAAGAGCCCAGGGAGCAUCAGAUCGCUCGCGCGAUUGUCAAUGAUUGCUUGGAGAAGGGGGAUGAUAGUGUGGAUUUGAGUGGUGGCAACCUCCGCAGCAUACCUUCUGGUUUGCUUCGUCCCCUGCAGCAUCUUACCAAGUUACCUGCCAUCAAGGAACCGCCCGUCACGGAAGAUGUCUAUACCUCUCUCGAGCCGUUCCUGCGGCUGUUUCUGGCGGGAAAUGCCCUCCCCAAGCUAUCGGGCGAGCUGUUCGAGCUGGAUUCGCUGCGCGUACUGAGCUUGCGGAACAAUAAGCUGACAGAGAUCCCACCCGCCAUACGGAGACUGACCAUGCUGCAGGAGGUCAACCUCUCUGUAAACCGGCUGCAGAGUUUGCCGUGGGAGCUGCUGUGGCUGAUCCGAAAAGGCGACUUGAAGCAUCUCACCGUGCGGCCAAACCCUUUGCUGCAGAUCGAAGAACAGGAGAUUGCGGAAUGGCAUGUUCCACCGGACGAGUUGCGGUCGUGCUUGUAUGAUGGACCGGCCCCUGAGGAAGCGUGGGCCCCCGUACAUGUUGCCACGGGACCUGUCCGGCGAUACAAUGCAGAAGGAGUGCUCGCUGAGCGGGACGUCGGCAGCUCGCAGACGGCAAUGGAGAUAGACGCGGAAGGACCACAGGGGCAGGCACCCUUGGCUGCCUCGCGUGUCCCGUCCCUCCGGGAAGUGGCGCUCCUCUCAUUCAGUCGAUCCUCGUACUUCGAACUCAUCGCGGACUCGGACAUGGCGGACUACCCGGCCUUGAUGUUGCGGCUGCUGCGGGAUGCAAGGGAAGUGCGCAGCGGCGGAGGCCGAAGCUGCUCGGUGUGUCACCGCAGUUUUGUCAUCGCGCGCACAGAGUGGAUUGAGUGGUGGGAUUGCAGCACGUAUGAGAAUGGGCUGAAGGGGCCGCGGCCUUCCGGGGAGAGUCUGCGUCCGUUGCCGUUCCGUCGGCUGGGGUGCAGUUGGGGCUGUGUGCCUGGGGCUGGGAUCUAGUAGGGUGUAUAUAUUGAGUCGGAUCUCUCUCUUUGGCUGUUUGUUGUGAUGUGUGAGUGUAUAUCUUCUGUAUCAUUUGUGGCAUAUAUCGUUAGCUGUCGGGUUCUGGGUCUGGAUUUGCGAUUUGUACUGCAUUGUUUAAGCAUCUUCAUACUAGGAAGC